AUGUUAAAAAAAAUUACGAGAUUUCUUUUCUCACGUGAAAAGAUUCAAUAUGACGUACUUAUUGUUGGAGCAGGCCCUGCAGGUCUGUCAGCAGCUAUAAGAAUUAAAGAAAUAGACCCAAACAAAUCAGUUGUGGUCAUAGAGAAAUCAGGAACUUUAGGUGGACAUAUUCUAAGCGGAAAUUGCUUUCAACCUACUGCAAUGAAUGAACUAUUUCCUAAUUGGGAGAAAAUGGAAAAUGUAUAAUUGUCUUUAAAUUACAAUUUAGAAACCUCCUUUAGAUACUCCAGUAACAGAAGAUCACUUUCAUAUACUUUGGAAUGAAAAAUUGAGUUUUCAGAUUCCACAUAUGUUUUAUCCAUCGACAAUUAGAAAUCAUGGAAAUUAUGUCAUAAGUUUAGGUGAUUUAUGUGUAUGGAUGGGGGAAUAAGCCUAAGCUUUAGGAGUAGAUAUUUUUACAAGUACUUCUGGAGCAAGAGUAAUAUUUGAUGAAAAAGAUAGAGUGAUAGGAGUAGCAACAGGAGAUAUGGGAAUUGGAAAGAAAGGAGAAAAGAAAUCUAAUUAUUAAGAGGGAAUAGAUAUAAUAGCAAAUUAAACAAUAUUAUGUGAAGGAGCAAGAGGUUCAAUAACUGAGAGAGUUAUUGAAAAAUAUAAUUUAAGAUAAAGUAAAUAUUAUAAAUAUAUAAUCAGAUUGUGAACCUUAAUCUUAUGGAAUAGGAUUGAAAGAAGUUUGGGAAGUUCCUGCAGAAGAUUUUAAAUCAGGAUUAGUUUAACAUACAGUUGGAUGGCCUUUAUGUAGGAAUACUUAUGGAGGAUCAUUUUUAUAUCAUAAGAAUACUAAUUAAAUACAUUUAGGAUUGGUUGUGGGAUUGGAUUAUGAGAAUCCAAAUUUAAAUCCAUAUUAAGAGUUUUAAAAUCUAAAGAGACAUCCAAAAAUCUCUAGAUAUCUUAAGAAUGGAACUUGUAUUAGUUAUGGUGCAAGAGUAUUAAAUGAAGGAGGAUAUUUUUCAAUUCCUAAAUUAACAUUUCCAGGAGGAAUGUUAGCUGGUUGUUCAGCUGGAUUUUUAAAUGUUAUGAAAAUUAAAGGAUCUCAUAAUGCUAUGAAAUCAGGAAUGUUAGCAGCAGAAACUAUAUGUGCUAAAUAAAAUGUAGAACCAGGAUAAGAAUUAAUUGAAUAUGAAAAUGCUAUUAAAUCAUCAUGGAUCUAUGAUGAAUUGUAUAGAUCAAGAAAUUUUAAAGGUUCAUUUAAAUACAAUAUUUAUUCUGGUUUAUUUUAUGGUGCAUUUGAUGGUUUCAUAUCAAAAGGAAGAGAACCUUGGAAUAUCAAAUCACAUGUCAAAGAAAGUGAAUCAUAUUUGACUAAAGACAAAGCNACUGCAAUGAAUGAACUAUUUCCUAAUUGGGAGAAAAUGGAAAAUGUAUAAUUGUCUUUAAAUUACAAUUUAGAAACCUCCUUUAGAUACUCCAGUAACAGAAGAUCACUUUCAUAUACUUUGGAAUGAAAAAUUGAGUUUUCAGAUUCCACAUAUGUUUUAUCCAUCGACAAUUAGAAAUCAUGGAAAUUAUGUCAUAAGUUUAGGUGAUUUAUGUGUAUGGAUGGGGGAAUAAGCCUAAGCUUUAGGAGUAGAUAUUUUUACAAGUACUUCUGGAGCAAGAGUAAUAUUUGAUGAAAAAGAUAGAGUGAUAGGAGUAGCAACAGGAGAUAUGGGAAUUGGAAAGAAAGGAGAAAAGAAAUCUAAUUAUUAAGAGGGAAUAGAUAUAAUAGCAAAUUAAACAAUAUUAUGUGAAGGAGCAAGAGGUUCAAUAACUGAGAGAGUUAUUGAAAAAUAUAAUUUAAGAUAAAGUAAAUAUUAUAAAUAUAUAAUCAGAUUGUGAACCUUAAUCUUAUGGAAUAGGAUUGAAAGAAGUUUGGGAAGUUCCUGCAGAAGAUUUUAAAUCAGGAUUAGUUUAACAUACAGUUGGAUGGCCUUUAUGUAGGAAUACUUAUGGAGGAUCAUUUUUAUAUCAUAAGAAUACUAAUUAAAUACAUUUAGGAUUGGUUGUGGGAUUGGAUUAUGAGAAUCCAAAUUUAAAUCCAUAUUAAGAGUUUUAAAAUCUAAAGAGACAUCCAAAAAUCUCUAGAUAUCUUAAGAAUGGAACUUGUAUUAGUUAUGGUGCAAGAGUAUUAAAUGAAGGAGGAUAUUUUUCAAUUCCUAAAUUAACAUUUCCAGGAGGAAUGUUAGCUGGUUGUUCAGCUGGAUUUUUAAAUGUUAUGAAAAUUAAAGGAUCUCAUAAUGCUAUGAAAUCAGGAAUGUUAGCAGCAGAAACUAUAUGUGCUAAAUAAAAUGUAGAACCAGGAUAAGAAUUAAUUGAAUAUGAAAAUGCUAUUAAAUCAUCAUGGAUCUAUGAUGAAUUGUAUAGAUCAAGAAAUUUUAAAGGUUCAUUUAAAUACAAUAUUUAUUCUGGUUUAUUUUAUGGUGCAUUUGAUGGUUUCAUAUCAAAAGGAAGAGAACCUUGGAAUAUCAAAUCACAUGUCAAAGAAAGUGAAUCAUAUUUGACUAAAGACAAAGCACCUUAAAUUAAAUAUGAAAAACCAGAUGGAAAAUUAACUUUUGAUUUAUUAGAUAAUUUAACAAGAAGGUAAAUAUGAUUAUAAGUAAAGUGGGACCAAUCAUGAACAUGAUUAACCAGCACAUCUUAAAGUAAUUAAAGAAUCUGGACCUAAAGAAAGUUUAAAUUUGUAUGAUGGCCCUGAAUAAAGAUUUUGUCCUGCUAAAGUUUAUGAAUUUAUUGAUACUAAAGAAGGGAAAAAAUUAUAAAUCAAUGCUUAAAAUUGUCUACAUUGUAAGACUUGUGACAUCAAGAUGCCCAAAGAUUAUAUUAGAUGGACUGUUCCAGAAGCUGGAGGAGGACCUAAUUAGUAAUCAUAUCAAUAUUAUAUUUAGUUCUGGCAUGUGAU